AAAACAAUGAGCGUUCGAAUGUUUUGAAUACUAAUAAAAACAACUGACAUGGGUCCCGUAAGUUCAAAUCCGUCUGAAUGUCAGGAACAUUCGGUAUUUCCGGUGUCAUGGCCGAUGUACCUACGGAAGCUCCAGAACACUGUCCUGGCACACAAAGCGACAGUGCAGGAAAAGCUUCGGCAUGCGCUGGCUGUCCAAAUCAAAACAUAUGCGCUUCAGGUGCACCGAAACUACCAGAUCCGGCGAUAAAUGCAGUGAAAGAAUGUCUGUCGUCGGUAAAACACAAAGUUUUAGUGUUGUCAGGAAAAGGCGGUGUUGGUAAGAGUACUGUCACGUCUCUACUGUCAAGAGCUAUUGCAGCCGAUAACCCUGACAAAAAUGUAGCAGUUCUAGACAUCGAUAUUUGUGGGCCUUCUCAGCCACGAGUACUCGGAGUGCUCGAUGAACAAGUUCACCAAAGUGGUUCUGGGUGGUCCCCAGUUUAUGUGGACGACAACUUGUCGCUAAUGUCUAUAGGAUUUUUGUUGAGUAGUCCUACGGAUGCUGUCAUAUGGAGAGGGCCAAAGAAAAAUGGAAUGAUCAGGCAAUUUCUUUCGGAGGUCGAUUGGGGAACUUUGGAUUACUUGAUUUUGGACACACCGCCAGGAACGUCAGAUGAGCAUUUAUCGGCGACUUCGUACCUCAAAGGCGCCGGAAUAACCGGUGCCAUUAUUGUGACGACACCUCAGGAAGUGGCGCUCUUAGAUGUGAGGAAAGAAAUAGACUUUUGUCGGAAAGUUAACAUACCGAUCUUGGGAGUUAUUGAAAACAUGAGCAUCUUCGUCUGUCCGAAAUGCAAGAGUACAUCAGAAAUAUUUCCAGCAUUGACCGGGGGCGGACGACAAAUGUCAAAGGAAAUGGAUAUCAAAUUCUUGGGUUCCUUACCUCUCGAUCCCCUUGUGGCAAGAUGUUGUGACGAAGGUAAAAACGUUCUUGAGGAAAUGCCAGAAUCACCUACGGUCCGAGCGUUGCAAGAAAUCGUUAAAAAAGUGAUAAACGCAUGCGAGACGGAAAACACCUCGUCGAUACCAGCAUAAAUCAUUGGUUUAAACGUUUGUUGAAAUGAUACGCUUUCAUUCCGUACGUUAACCAGUGUGUACAAAAACAAUAAUUUUUAGUAUAAUAUUAUUAGAUUUAAAAUAAUACAAACUUUAAGUUUACUGUCUAUCAACGUACGAUUUGACGUGUACAAUAAUGUGGUAUUUUAAUAUACGCUUUAUUACAAAAAAAGUAGCUUUCUCACUUCUAGCCUCUGGAAAAGUUUAUGUUUAAAUGUUCAAAAAUGGAGUCAAAUAAUUAUUUCAAGAAUUCUUUAAAUCAAUUCUAGUUACCAAAAAUCCAGUGCCAUCAAAAGUUGUCAGUUCCUUCAAUUUCAACAAACUCAAAUCACUGUGAUAUAAAAAUGCACAACAAAA